UUUGAAAAUUGCAGCGGCAAUUCCCAGGCCGAGAAAGAGAGAUUUCGGGGGGUAGACAAACGCGCCUCAGACACCGCACCAUGGAGAAGCUAUGAUUUCGAUCGGGUAUUAGGGUUUUGGAGAAUUCUGCUUCAUUGGAGAGUUUUGUUCCCACCUACCUCCGUCCGGUAAUUGAUGCCAAGUUCAGUAGACUUGUAAAAUGUUAAAAUGAUGUAUUCGAAAGUUGAAGCUGGGAAGAAGGUUGGUGAUGAUUCAGGUAAUCGGAAGCUGCUGAAUGAGAUUGAAACUAUAAGCAAAGCCUUAUACCUGGAAAAAAACCCAUCUAGGAGUUCGAUUUCUAGAGCCAACACUCGGUCCAAGUCUUCUGGAAAAACCCACUUACCAGAUCCUCAGUCGAAGCUUAAACCAGAUGAGGAGGACCCCUCACGAAAAGAAAAGAAGUCCAUUUGGAACUGGAGGCCAUUGAAGGCCCUGUCCCAUAUCCGAAACCGGAGGUUUAACUGUUGUUUUUCUCUCGUAGUCCAUUCCAUCGAGGGGUUGCCCUCAAGUUUCAAUGAUGUUAGUCUUUGCGUGCAUUGGAAGCGGCGGGACGGGGUCCUGGUCACUCGUCCAGUGAAGGUUCUCCAAGGUAUGGCAGAGUUUGAAGAGAAAUUGUCUCAUACAUGCUCGGUUUAUGGUAGUAGGAAUGGACCACACCAUUCGGCAAAGUAUGAGGCAAAGCAUUUUCUGCUCUAUGCUUCCGUUUAUGGUGUGCCAGAACUUGAUUUGGGGAAGCAUCGGGUUGAUCUCACGAGGCUACUGCCUCUGACGCUGGAGGAAUUAGAGGAGGAGAAGAGCUCUGGGACGUGGACAACAGAUUUUAAAUUGGCAGGAAAGGCUAAAGGUGCGUUGAUGAAUGUUAGUUUUGGAUAUUUAGUGAUAGGUGAUAAUCCCAGUGCACCUAGAAGCACGGAGGUGUUGGCUUCAAGGCAGAAUAGUCGGAGUAUGGUUAAAGCGCAGACGAAAAUUGGUCAAGGUGAUGGCCAGAGCAGAAUGCACCGUGCUGAAAGUCUUCCAAGCAUAAGAAACCAGCCGUCUCGUGCUACAUCACAUACUGUGGAGAGCAUAAAAGACCUUCACGAGGUUUUUCCAAUAUCUAAGUCAGAACUUGCAAAUUCGGUUGAUAUUCUGUAUCGAAAAUUUGAUGAAGACAAGUUGGAAUGUCCAGUUGACAAGCCUCAUCUUAAUGCCUCUACUGAACAUCUUGAGCCCAUUAAACCAAAUUCCAAUUUUUUGUCUGACUCUGCUAAAGAAAAUGCUGAAACCGAGUGUGGAGAGAAUGAGUUUUCUGUGGUUGAUCAGGGCAUAGAAUUGUCAUCAAAGGAGUCUAAGAAGCCAGAGGAAGUCAUUUUAAUGGUUGCUGAUAUUGCUCCGGUUGAAAGUUCUGACAUUGAAAUUGACACUGGUGGACAGGUAGCUUUUAAGGAGAGCUCUGAUCUUGAUUCCAAGGAUGAGGAAACUGGUAGAUGUGACAACGAACUUGUGUUACGCGACUGCACUACGAUAGAGGAUGACAUUGGCACCAAAGAAGCACUCAUGAAAGAAUUAGAGUCAGCUCUAAAUAAUGCAUCAGAAUUGGAGACAGCAGCAUUAGAAUCUCCAGACCAUGAGAAUUUCAUGGAGCUUGAACCAGAUUGUAAAACGGAUGGUCAAGGUAAGUCACUCAGCUUGGACGAUGAUUCUGAAUCCAUUGCGAGUGAGUUCCUAAACAUGCUGGGGAUAGAACAUAGUCCAUUCGGUUUGAGUUCUGAGAGCGAGCCUGAAUCCCCGAGAGAGCGUCUGUUGAGACAAUUUGAGGAGGAGGCUCUUGCUGGGGGCUGUUCUUUAUUUGAUUUUAAUGUAGAUGGUGAGGGCCAAGCUGAAAGUGGCCACUAUGCUCCAACUGGCUCUGUAUGGGGGAACUUAUCUGAACUUUCAUCAGUGGUUCAAGAUGCUGAGGAGGAGCCCCAGAUAGCGAGUCAUACAGAGAAGAGCAAAACAAGGGCGAAAAUGUUGGAAGACUUGGAAACAGAAGCCUUAAUGCGUGAGUGGGGAUUGAAUGAAAAUGCUUUUCAACAUUCUCCACCAAAGAGCUCUGAUGGGUUUGGGAGCCCAAUUGAUUUACCUCCUGAAGGGCCAGUUGAAUUGCCUUCUCUUGGUGAAGGGUUAGGUCCCUUUCUUCAGACAAAAAAUGGAGGGUUUGUACGGUCUAUGGAUCCCUCCCUUUUCAAUAAUGCUAAAAGUGGUGGGAAUUUGAUCAUGCAGGUUUCUAGUCCAGUUGUUGUACCUGCAGAAAUGGGUUCUGAGACAAUGGAGAUACUGCAGCGUUUGGCCUCAGUGGGAAUCGAAAAGCUUUCUAUGCAGGCCAAUAAGUUGAUGCCUUUGGAAGAUAUCACUGGAAAGACAAUGCAGCAAGUAGCAUGGGAAGCUGCACCCUCCUUGGAGGGACCUGAGAGGCAAUCUUUGUUGCAGCAUGAAUCAGUGGUUGGACAAGACACGUUUGGUGGGCAAAAGAGAGUUAAAGGGAGGUCAGCUGAACCUGAGUCUGAUAAAUUUAGUUCCAGCUCGGCAGGCAACGUAGCGGGCUCGGAAUAUGUCUCCCUAGAAGAUCUUGCUCCUUUAGCUAUGCAUAAAAUUGAAGCACUUUCUAUGGAAGGUUUGAGAAUACAAUCUGAUAUGUCAGAUGGAGAUGCGCCUGUAAACAUCAGUGCACAGCCUAGUGGGGAAAUCUCAGCUCUCCAGGGCAAGGGAAUUAACAUCAGCGGGUCCUUAGGUUUGGAUGGAGCUGCUGGAUUGCAGUUGUUGGACAUAAAAGAUGGUAGCGAUGAUGUUGAUGGAUUAAUUGGCCUCUCUUUAAGUCUUGAUGAAUGGAUGAGGCUGGAUUCUGGUGAAAUUGAGGAUGAAGAUUGUAUCAGUGAACGUACUUCUAAAAUCCUUGCAGCCCAUCAUGCUAACUCUUUGGACUCGAUUCGUGGAGGUUCGAAGGGAGAGAGAAGACGAGGCAAAGGCUCUAGCAGAAAGUGUGGUUUACUGGGGAACAACUUCACAGUGGCUUUAAUGGUGCAACUUCGUGAUCCACUGCGAAAUUAUGAGCAGGUCGGUGCACCAAUGCUUGCUCUUAUUCAAGUUGAGAGAGUGUUUCUCCCACCGAAGCCAAAAAUAUACAGCACGGUUCCAAUGGUAAGGAACAUUGACAAGGAAGAUGACGAGUCUGAGUCAUCGGUAAAGGAGACAAAAGAAGAAAUAAAAGAAGCGAAAACUACCGAAGAGGAGGGCGUUGCUCAGUUUAGAAUCGCUGAAGUCCAUGUUGCAGGUCUGAAGACAGAGCCUGGAAAAAAGAAGCUUUGGGGUUCCUCAACGCAGCAGCAAUCUGGUUCCCGCUGGUUGCUUGCUAAUGGAAUGGGGAAGAGCAAUAAGCAUCCAUUUAUGAAGGCAAAGUCCGUUUCUAAGUCUGCCGUGCCAGCGACAACAAAGGUGCAACCUGGGGAUACCUUGUGGAGCAUCUCAUCUCGUGUUCAUGGUACAGGAGCUAAAUGGAAGGAAUUGGCAGCAUUAAAUCCACAUAUACGGAACCCCAAUAUUAUCUUACCAAAUGAAACUAUCAGGCUGCGCUGAGUGGAGCGUGUAAUCUGAAUCUUUCUUGUGAGGGGUCUAACCUUCAAUGCAAAACGGUUGAUCUCAUUGUGAUUUGCUACUCGAGCCAAGAGGGCUAAAGGCAACUUGAACCGGUUGCUAAUUUGUAAACAGGAUGGUGUUUGAGAGCAGGCAAUGAUGCAAUUUAUGCACUAUUGUAAUUGUAAACAGGUUUCUAUAUCUUAAAUUCUCUCUUGUAAAUCUGUUAUUUUUUUUGAAAUCAUGCAUGCAAGAACAAUUGGUUAGUGUGUUGAAGAAUGAAAAAAUUUGUACUGCAGCAAUUUGAUGAAUU